CCAUCCAGUCAUACGAGCACACAAGGCUGUCAACCUCACAUCGACUGCGGCCCAUCUAUGCGCGACUCUGCUCCAUUUUCAUCGGGUUGGAACAUGGACGCGCUCUAAAAGGAAGCGCACUUCAAAAGCUUGUCGAAUACGCUUAAUUCGUCCUUUUUUUGUCGUGAGAAUAGUAAUGAUGGAGUAUUGGAGACAGUGUGCGCUGUGGCUGAUUAACUGCAAGGUGCUUCCAGCGAACCAUCGGGUUACGUGGGAGACUGCGCAGGUAUUCGACUUGGCCCAAACGCUCCGGGAUGGAGUCCUUCUUUGCCAUCUUCUCAACAAUCUCAGGCCACACUCGAUCAACCUAAAGGAGAUCAACCUGCGACCUCAAAUGUCACAGUUCCUCUGCCUGAAGAACAUCAGAACUUUUCUGGCGGCAUGCAACGACAUAUUUGGCAUGAAGAAAAGUGAGCUGUUUGAGGCCUUUGACCUUUUUGACGUCAGGGAUUUUGGAAAGGUUAUGGACACACUUUCUAAGCUUUCCCUCACAUUGAUUGCACAGCAAACUGGAAUCAGGUCUUUUCCAACUGAAGAAAGCGUUGAAGAUGAGGAUAUCUACAACCACCUCGAAGACCUCAUGGAUGAAAACGGGGUGGAGGAUGAGGAGGAUCUGUACGACUGCGUCUAUGAUAACGAAGAGGGCGGGGAAAUCUACGAGGACCUGAUGAAAACGGAAGUGCUCGCUCCCCCGGUGUUACAGAAACAAGCAGAAAUCGACAUUCGAAGUUGCUGUUUAACAGAAAUCAGGCAGACUGAGGAGAAAUUUUCAGACACCCUUGACUCAAUAGAAAAGAACUUUAUGACACCUCUCACUGUGUAUUUAUCCACGGCCGAGAUAGAGAAAGUGUUUGUUAAUAUACCGGACUUGGUGAAAGUCCACAAAUGUUUACUACAGGAAAUUCAAGACUCAGUCCAACACAGAAGUGCCCAAAAUCUUCACCAGAUCUUUAUUGCUUUCAAAGAAAGGUUGCUAAUUUAUGGGAAAUACUGCAGCGAUGUCGAGACAGCCAUUGCCACGCUGGACAGUAUAUCUAAAGACAGAGAGGACGUACGCAUGAAGCUUGAGGAGUGUUCUAAAAGAGCCAACUAUGGCAAAUUCACUCUGAGGGAUCUGCUGGUGGUUCCCAUGCAGCGGGUCUUGAAGUAUCACCUCCUUCUGCAGGAGCUUGUUAAACACACUCACGAUGCUACAGAGAAAAGCAAUCUACGGAAAGCAUUAGAUGCCAUGAAGGAUUUGGCCCAGUAUGUCAAUGAAGUCAAGCGAGACAACGAGACUCUGCGAGAAAUCGAUCAAUAUCAGAAAUCCAUCGAAAACCUUAAUCAGCCUCUGAGUAACUACGGGAGACCCAAAGGUGACGGGGAAGUAAGGGUGGCCUCAGUGGACAAACGUGCUAAACAGGACAGGCAUAUCUUUUUGUUCGAUGCUGCCGUCAUCGUUUGCAAGCGACGAGGAGACAACUAUGAAAUGAAAGACGUGAUAGACCUGCACCUCUUUAAGGUCACCAAUAACCCCACGUCGGACAAGGAAAGCCGAAAGUGGUCCUACGGAUUCUACCUCACGCAUAACCAGGGCCAGAACGGCUUUGAGUUCUUCUUCAAGACCAAAGAACUGAAAAAGAAAUGGCUGGAGCAGUUUGGCAUGGCCAUCUCCAACAUUCAUCCGGAGAAUGCCACCAACAAUUUCCAUGACUUUCACAUGCACACUUUUGAAAGAAUUACCUCCUGCAAUUCAUGCCACAUGCUACUAAGGGGCAUAUUUUACCAGGGCUACUUAUGCUCCAAAUGUGGUUUAGGAGCACAUAAAGAAUGCCUGAACCGUCUGGGUUGCUGCGGAAAAACAGAUCCCGGCUCCGGCAGAACUCAGAUCAAAGACCGAGAUCCAGGGCUGCCCAAGAUGAUGGUGACCAGGAACUAUUUCGGCGUGCCGAGCCCGACUUCUGGUCCGGCGCUCAGUAUCCAGACGGGUGACAUCAUCGAAUUAAUCUGCGCCGACCUUCACAGCUCGUGGUGGCAGGGUAAAAUCCUGUCAACAAAAGAAGUUGGCUUCUUUCCAAGCGACGCUGUUAGGCCGUGCCCAUGUGUCCCAAAGCCCAUUGAUUACUCCUCUCAACCAUGGUUUGCAGGACCAAUGGAGAGGCUCCAGGCGGAGGCAGAGCUCAUCAACCGGGUCAACAGCACCUACCUGGUCCGCCAUCGCAGCAGAGAGUACACAGAAUAUGCCAUCAGCAUUAAGUACAACAGCGACGUGAAGCACAUAAAGAUCUUGACGAAGGAGGGCUGCUUCCACAUCGCAGAGAACAAGAAGUUCAGGAGUCUCUUUGAGCUGAUUGAAUACUACAAGCAUCACUCGCUAAGAGAAGGUUUUCGGAGUCUGGACACCACGUUGCAGUAUCCCUACCGGGAAUUGGAGAAUUCUGCAAUGCAUCGGCUCAACCGCUCCGGUGGAAACACGCCAUUGCUCUGUGGCCUCUCUUUUGUAACCCCUGCCGGCUACAGCUUUGUACCUCCUUCCUCUGCCCCCUUCUGGUCAGUGUUUACUCCGAAAGUGAUGGGCGUGGCCAUCGCACGGUACGAUUUCAGUUCCCGAGACACGCGAGAGCUCUCGCUGCAGGAGGGCGACGUGGUGAAGAUUUACACCAAGUCCGGAGCCAACGGGUGGUGGAGGGGCGAGGUCAACGGGAGGAUCGGCUGGUUUCCAUCCACCUAUGUAGAAGAAGGCGAGGAAUGAGCAUACCAAUGAAGAAGAGUGAAAAACAAAAGAAGUUCUGAGCCAGCAGAGGAGCAAACAUCUCUGACGAAAAGAUGGCCUCAUCCUUUCUGCUCGGCUCGCUGUGGCUAAGUAACUGCACCAUCUACAAGUAGCAGCUUGCCUGUCAGCGGGGGCCACGCGGGCUCGCCAGAUGCCCAGCCAUGCAUUUCAUCCCGCCUCUCUCUUGCCCACAAAAAAUCCCAACUUGGCUGCUGCAGACAUGUCAAAAAGCAGGAACUCAGACGCCACUCUUCCAUUCAUGCACUCAUUCAUCCAUUGGCUACACCUGCACCUCCUUCUGCCUCUCAUGGGAAUAGAGCCAACCAAGCUGGAAAGGACCCACACUGUACAAAAAAAAACAAUCUCUCACAUCAUCUUCUCACUUCUGAAGUCAGUUUGACCUUGCGUGUUUGUUCCGCUAACGCCGACGUUUAUUGAUGACUCGAUGGCCCCUCUUUGAUUGCAAUCGCCGCACUUGCACUCAUACAGGAGAUAUAAGAUAAAGUCGGUCCUCGCUGCCAGCAAUUCUUGUUCCUAUUUUCCUCUGGCUGGUCACAUUCUUUAUCUCCGGCGCAGACCCUCAUGUUUUCGCUCGUGCCGGCCGUUCGUGAUCCUCUUGCUUAUCGCUGGCAGGAGCCCAUUGGCGGGAGGCUUUUCUUAUUGGAGCUGUUAUGAGCCAAAACACUCCGAGCCGUUUGGAAAUCAGCCUUUUGACUUAGGUUACAGUCAUUCUUGUCAUUUCGUUCCGUUUUACUAAUGGGAAUUAACUGGAAAGUGUUUGACCUUAUUUCCUAUAAGGGAGCUAUUUGUUAGUAUUCAUGAGAAGGGAAAACACAUAAGAUAGUGUUGAUUAUUCAGCACACGCCUCAUCAUACUGUCCAAAGGUGACAUUGAGGCAGAGCCACUUGUUAGUCUACGACUUUAUUUGAUGAACAGAUGGAAGCCGCCUCUGGAAACACACCUCAGGGCGUCGUGACCUCAAGGUGUGCGAGGCCCCCGGGCGGUUUGUGCCGCUCGCUGUUUUUGUACGGUGAACAUUUUGUUUGUAAAAUAAGUUCUUAUUAAAGAUGUUAUAUUUGGAAAUGAUUAUUGUGGACAAAGCCACCACAUGAUCUUAUGUUGCUCUGUGGAUGGGUUUAUUUUUUUCUCUGCUCAUCUUUUGGCCAAAAUGCUGGGUUAAAGAUUUAUGUUCAUGUCCACAAGUGACCACUAGGUGGGAGUCUCUUUCAUCGGCGAGAGGUCACCUUCAGCGUGACAAACUUUUGCCAUGACAUCAUCUGAUUAACAACAUUUAAAAUGGAAUUUGACCGAGUGAACAGAGAUUUUUUUUAGCUUCAACUGGCUGCAGAUUCUUGAAAGUAAAAAUUCCAACUCAGUCUAGUAGACCAUGAAGAAACAGAACCUCUCAGGAGACCAAGAGUGGGCUUCUCUAAUGGCUGACAGUGUUAAUCCACUCCCACUCUGCUCCUCUGCCCAAAUGAACUAUGACGGUGUAGUCAUUUAAAAACGCGGACCUUCUUUCCACCAAGUAUGCUCCCUUUGUUUUUUUCCAAUGUCUUUACACAGGAGGAAGACUCAAGGGUAUCCGCGAUCUAAUCAUGACACCAUCUCUACACAUGGGUGACCCCGCUGCAUCCGUCUCUGUCGGUUCCUCUCCCGCUCGGCCUAAGUCACAGCGUUAUCCUCUCAGUCCCUCACACUCCCCUUCUUUCCUUAUCUAUCUCUAGUCCAAUCUCUGUCCUCCCAUUUUCACUGUGGAUUUCAUCCCUCACGUGAUGCUCUGAGAGCUUUGUGGCGUGAUGCGCCAUAAGCAACCAAAGCAAAAUAUUUUAGAAUGGAAUUACAAAAUUGAUUUGCCGUGCCAUUUAAUAGGUGUCCUUCAAAUGUGAUAUUUUUCUUCUAAAAAAAAAAUCAUCAGGAAGUCACUGUGUGUGUGUCUCACUGAGUUUGUGUGUGUGCUCUGUUAUUGAACCAAAGAUGUACUGUAUGCUGUGUUUACUGUACAGUCAAUAUUAUUAUGGUACAACCGCUGUGGCCUAAAUCGAAAACGGCUCAGGCCUGUGUAGCAUUCCCCUGUAUAUUUUCUAUUGUACCAUAUUGUAAAAUAUGUUUAUAGUAAAUAAUAAAAAUAUGAUGCUUA